AUGGCGCCCUCCCAAGCCCUCACCAACGAGAUCUUGAGGCAGGCUGUAUACUACCACCUCGACAAUCUAUCUCCCCAGAAUGCUCUCUUCUUCGCCGAGAGGCUAUGCGCUCAGGACAAGGACAAGCAAACCGAGGCUACCUUUCUACACGCCCUGUGCCACCUGCGGCUUGGGGAUGACCGCUCCGCAUAUGAAGUCAGCAAGGCUGCCGGAUACAGAGGUACACAUUUGGGCUGUUCCUUUGUGUUUGCACAGGCAUGCUUGCGGAUGGAACUAUGGAAAGAGGGCAUCACCGCGCUGGAAAAGUCAAGGGUUUUAUGGGCUUCGAAAAAUAACAUGGGGAAGCAUGCCGCUGGGCUGAGAGCGCCACAUCCUGAUGCUGCAGCCUGCAGCUGUCUCCUUGGGAAGCUUCAUCGAGGUUAUGACGACAAGGAUCGGGCGAUCGCUUGCUUUGAGGAUGCGCUGAAAGCGAACCCUCUGAUGUGGGAUGCCUUCACCUUAUUGUGUGACAUGGGCGUGACAGUCCGUGUUCCGAAUAUUUUCAAACCCAACGACAGCCUUGUCAAGAACUUCGACCAGAUGCUGAACGGUUCUGCGGUCGACCCAAAGGAGCCUCCGCCAAAUACACUCGAACCUCUCCACGUUCCUAAGAGGACGUCACGAGCAGUCGCGCAUGAUUCUGCGGAUCCCUUUGAGCCGCAACGCUCGACAGCAUUCCAGGAUAUCCCAUCGUUCAGCAAUCUCCAAGCGCCUGACACGGACGCGAAUGAAUUCAUGUCCAAGAUUGUUGCGGCGAGGUCACGGCUGGGGCCUGUGGUAGCCCCUUCCGUCAACCAAGGCGAUAUGGAAACACCGACCAACCAUAGGUCCAACGUUGACACACAUCAGACACGGGUGCCAACGAAUCCAGAGCCGCCUCAGGCGCCACUUCGAAGGAACAGGGCGCAUGUUGCAGACACGGGACCAGAAGCCCCUCCACGCGGUGGCUACAAGCUAAUGACCAAGAGGCGAGAGAAGGUCCACGAGGCCGAAGCGCCGCCCGAAACGGCGGCAUCACUCCUCAAACCGACGAUUAGUGCUGAUAGAAAGCGGACCGUGUCUGGACAGCCGGUACAUUCCCGGCCAAUGCAUGGGGAGGAAGCUCCUCAGCGACGAAGUGCGAGGUUGAACAUGUUCAAGCAGUCAGGACCAAAAACGAAUACCGGUGCAUCUACAAUUGGCCCAUCCAACGGUCGCGAGCUGAAGAGGGCUAGAGCUCCCAUCUCCCGCCUCGUCAGACCAAAUCCGAAUCCAGCAGUCGGUCGUGUGGUUAGUGGGAACAGACGUGGAACUGAGGACGCGAAUAUGGAUGUCGAUCAUGCGGAAGGCCCGGCGAAGGAGCCGUUGGCAGUGCAACGCGUUCCCCAGAGGCCCUCAGAACCAGAACCCAAAUCUGAAGAGGCGCUGAAGAUCGUCCUGGAUCUCCUGAGGAGGUUUGCUUAUGGUUACCAGCAGCUCUCGCAGUUCAACUGCCAAGAGUCGCUACAGUCGUUUAGCUCACUUCCUCGCGCGCACCAAGACACCGCAUGGGUACUGGCACAGAUGGGACGAGCCCAGUAUGAGCAAGCAGCCUAUCCCGAAGCAGAGAGGCUCUUCAGACGCUUGAGGAUAAUAUCCCCAACUCGUCUCCAAGACAUGGAGGUUUACUCGACGAUCCUCUGGCACCUGAAACGAGAGACGGAUCUGUCGUUCCUUGCACAUGAGCUGGUGGACUCGGCGUGGCUCGCCCCCGAGUCCUGGUGUGCCCUCGGCAACGCAUGGUCACUAGCGAAGGACCACGAACAGGCCCUCAAGUGCUUCAAGCGAGCGACUCAGCUCGAUCCGAAAUUCGCUUAUGCUUACACGCUCCAAGGCCAUGAGCACAUGGCCAACGAAGAGUACGACAAAGCCCUGACAGCGUUCAGGCAGUCGAUCUCCGCGGACCGACGCCACUACAAUGCCUACUACGGCAUCGGCAUGGUUUACGAAAAGCUCGGGAACUAUGACAAGGCAUAUACCCACUUUCACUCCGCACACGUCAUACACCCUAUGAAUGCCGUCCUCAUCUGCUGCAUCGGUACGGUGCUUGAGAAGCAGAAGCACGUCCUGCAAGCCCUGCAGUACUUCAACAAGGCGACGGAGCUGGCGCCCAGGGCCGCCCAGGCACGGUUCAGGAAGGCCCGCGCGCUUCUCGCCGUGGGGAACCUGCCGGCAGCGCAGAAGGAGCUCUUGGUGCUGAGGGACCUCGCGCCGAACAACGCGCUCGUGCACUUCCUCCUGGGGAAGCUGUACAAGGCUCAGAACGACAAGAGCCAGGCCGUGCGCCAUUUCACCCAGGCGCUGAGCCUGGACCCCAAGGCGAGCCAGAGAAUCAAGGAAGCGAUAGAGAGUCUAGAGGAGGACGAUGGCCUCGACGAUUCCAUGAUUCAAUGA